AUGGAUACGAGGCGACAUGGCUUUGCAUCGCUCCAUCGAUCACCGGACGAACUUGACCCUCACCAUUCACCGAGAAUGGAAGAUACCAAACUUCGCGAGAAAGACCAUGCAGUCCAAGUCCCGCAACACAAAAAGUUCUCCUUCAGCAAAUCACACUGGGCAUCCGCACUAGCCGUUGGCCUUACUCUCCUCACCCUCCUAUCUCUCCAAACCUUAUACACCAAAAGCCACACCAGCAACGCCCUCGUCAUCCCCAAAUGCGGCCCAACGCCCGCCGAAGCAAAAGCUCAAGGCUGCGUCUUUAACCCGAUAAACUUCAGCUGGCUGCCACCUGACUGCUACGACAAGGAGCUCUUCGACGAAAUGCUCGAGGAAGAAAUGAAGCGCGCCGGCCCAUGGAAAUGGUAUCUCGCGCCCAACUUCACCCAGGAGAUUCCACAGGAUUGGGAGGAUCUGAGUACGCACACGCAUGUCUGGACGGAGCAUCGGUACCAUGUGCUACAUUGUUUGGGCACGUGGAGGACGCUGCACCGCUCGGUUAUGGAGGGCGGGCUGGGGCUGGUGCCGAGUUUUAUUGAGUAUGGGCAUACGAUGCAUUGUGCGCAAUUUAUUGGGAAGGCGGCGGUUAGUGAUGAGAUGAAGCCGAGGCAGGAGACGGUUGUUAUGCUGUUUAAUGGGUGUUCGAGGCCUGGGGAUAGGUAG